GAGAGAGAGAGAGAGAGAGAGAGAGAGAGAGAGAGAGAGAGAGAGAGAGACUGGAAACUCAAUCCCACACAGUCAAACCUACACUGGCUCAGAAAGACGGUCUCUCCUGCAGCAGAACACACACACACACACAGCUGGCUGUGGAUUCUCCAUCUUAUUCCAUACAUCUGUAGGCCAUUUUGCCAGAGAAUCAGACAAACCUGCCUCAGGGAGCAGAAGAAUGGAGAACAACAUGUGACCGAUCUGUGCGCCACUGUCGACAGCAUGCUUCGCCUCCUCCGGACCUUGGCUUUCUGCUUCUGGUGUUUUUUGCUACUUCACAGGCGGGCUGUGGCUGAUGAAGAAGCCCUCUGGGGAUCAACGGCAUCAAGCAAAGACCCACCUGAAAAGAAACAAAGCUCUUACUGGUGGACCCCGUCUCUGCCAAAGCUCCCUGCCAUACCCUCACUACCCUUCCAUAUCCCCUUUUACAGGAGCUCGGACAGCAACAACGAGGAUGCUGCAUUGACCACAACCACCAAAGGGCUGACAGAACCAAUCAAUCACCUGCAAGACUACUCAGGUUCAGGAGAAGGAAGCAUUUCAGAAGCCUCUGAAUCACCCACCACUUCGACUCAGGGGCACCUAACCAGCGUGACAAAGAUAAGAACAGAAUCACUUCCAAAAGGGACAUCAGAAUCUCCACACAGCAGCAUAGCACAGAGCGACAAUGGUACUCUUGUUCCAGACUCCUACUCUCCCACAAGCAGUUUUAUCAGAAACACUCUGUUCACUAACAGUCCCACCAGCACAAACACUCCUGAACACAGUGCAACACACACCAACCCACCGAGGGGCACGGGACGAGCGGCCGGAACCAGCAUUGGCGCCACUACACAACACCUGCCAAAGGAACACACUGAUAAAAAGGAGGUUGGAGAUUUCACAGAAAAGAUCUCUUUGACGAUAGCAUCAGAAACCACAGUUCCCACUGCCUUGACAUGGGCAGCAGCCCAAAUCACAACAACCCCAGGACUUGUGGAGGCCACACUGACCAGCAGACACCCUCUGGGGUCUGUAACUCCACCUACGUCCUCAGAAACCAUGUUUGUCAGAAAACCACAACACUCUACUGUCAGUGUUACCCUCCAUGCUGGAGAGGCCACAAUGACGGAAACAACCCCAGGACUUGUGGAGGCCACAUUGACCAGCAGACACCCUCUGGGGUCUGUAACUCCACCUACGUCCUCAGAAACCAUGUUUGUCAGAAAACCACAACACUCUACUGUCAGUGUUACCCUCCAUGCUGGAGGGGCCACAAUGACGGAAACUCACCCCACUCAGAGUAAGGCUGACCUGGGCUUCUCCGAGGCCAGGUCAAUGCCUGGGGAGGAACAGCCGGGGGUAAUCACCACUGCCAUGGGGAUCAAUCACAAACUGGUGAUGGAAUCCAUAACAAGCACAACUCAGAUCCAAAGGGUUAACAUCUCAAUAGCAGGAGAGCUGCCGGGCAAAGAGGAUAAGGACGAUGAAGAAGGUGUGGUUCCUUCAGCUGACUGGGACGGUGACACCAAGUUGGAAGACAAUUCCACACCAUCCAAUAAGCUGCUAACAACAUCUACACCACAGAGCACAGAAACUCCACAUUUUCCUCUGUACACUGAAGACUGGAUGUCCAACCCGGUGGACAGCAACGCCACCUUCCUUCCAGACUGCAAUAAAGAGCGCUCCGGGAUCUGCAACCUCUCCGACACCUGGGACGCAACAACCUCCUCGGAGGUCAAGCACACACAAAAUAUCACUGCCAUGAACCAAUCAGUCAACCCCCUCCUGAUCCCUGCUCCGCUCAUGUUGGUGCCGCUGUACACCGACUGGAACAGCGCCAUGGCAGCUUGGGGCCUGGCCUGGGAGGCGCAUGUAUACGGGGCUGGUUGUGUCUUUGCGAUGCUCACGCUAGCAUCAGCACUAAAUCUGCUCUGCUUGCCACUACGAUGUCCAUCCGGAUGUGGAUACUUUGCCCUGGUCAGCCUGUUCCUAUUAGCCGCUGGUUGCACCAGAUCUUUCUCCCUCCUGUACGAUGCCUACGGCCACCAGGACCGUUUGCCCUCCACAGAGGCCUCACUGAUACUCUACGAAGCACCGUUUCCCUGCUUGACUGCAGCUUUUGGUCUGGUUUUCCUUCUCCUCUCAAUGCGCUCAAGAAUGCAGCUCUCCUACUCAGCUUUCCAGAGACCCUGUUUCCUUGCCUGCCUGGUAGUCCUCCACUUUGGUGCCGCAUUCGGACCGGUGACAUUACUGAAGUUCUACCAGCAAAAGCCUCCCCUUUGCCUCUUUCUUUCACUCAUCUCACGUGGAGCCUUUGUAGCACUAGCCACAUUUCUGUCCGCUGCCUAUUUUGUGUUCUACAUCUACGUGCGGGCAGAUUCGAAGCACAUCUACCACCUGAAUAACACGUCUCCAACACCUGCUGAGCGCUACAACCGAUGCCCCUUUGCUGAGAGCCGGGACUGGAACCGUGCAGCUGUAACCGUCUGUAUUUCAGCAUUGUUUUGUUUAGCAUGUGCAGGACUGCAGUUAUAUGCAAUGCUCAAUGCUAUGGGUGUUGCAGGUGGAGAGGAGGUCUUCCAUCCUUGGCCCUGGUGGGCUUUUCAGUUUAGCUGCAGACUGUGUGAGCUUGGGGUUUGUCUCACUUUAGCCUUGGUGGUCGCACAACCAGUCUACUGUUCUGACCAUCUACCAGCUGCAGGGAGCUGCUGGACUGAACUGUUGGCAUCCAAGUCCCCCAUCCUGCCUGGGAGCUACCAGUGGUCCCUGAGCCAGCAGGAGAAGCUUGCAAUUGUUGAUACCAUUGGGCUUGGAGAGACAGAGAACCUUCCUCUUUACACUCUGGUGGAUGACAGGCUUGGCAGCAGUCUGAACGGAUUGGACCUCCUCUACCACAGCAACCGGGCCUUGGCAUACCGAGACCUGGACUUGGAUUUGGACUUACAUGGUUCAGGAAAACCUGAGGAUGGAGGAGCCAGAGAGCCCUCAGGUGGAUCCUCGUUUACCAGUGACUCCACCACAGAUCUGCGGCCACCUUCACCCAUCAACCUGCGUCGCAGCAUAGACGAAGCACUCUUCAGUGAGGCACUCUUUCCCAUGAGCCUCUUUAGCCCUGCUAGACCUUUUUGCUGCAGAGAUCUAUCGAUUAACAACCACUGUGCAUUUCCAAGCAAUGGCCUCUGUGAUCCUCUCUCAAUGGACCCUGGCCUAUAUCGGACCUCUUCCUGCGUGGAGAUGGCGUCUCAACCCCAGCUCUCUUGUGCCCAAACUCAAGGAGACACUAUUGUAGGUGCUCCACCAUCUCCCUCCCUGUCCUCUUCCUCCAGCUGUUCAUCUCGUGAAGGUUGGAGGGGCAGCUCUUCCUCCUGUUCCCUCUACCGAGAAUCUUUCGGAGGCUCGUCACUGGUCCUCUGUCCGAGCCCGGAGAGACAUGCGCAGCAGCUUCUCCAGCAAGGGGGUAUUGGCCAUGUGGCGUCCUCUGGCCACCAGGGCCAUGCUGACCCACAGAGGCAGUAUAAUACGCUGGGCGCAGCCUCACAGGAGAGCCUGGACCUGGACAUGUCGUCUGAGGCAGACCGAUCCGUGCAGGAGGAGUUCAUUACGGUUUGCAGACAAAUCGAUGCUUUGAGCAUCUGCAGCGAGACUAUUGAUUUAUAAAGGACAGUCUGGUCAAAUAAGGGUUACACAAAGGACUUAUUAAGAAGGAUGUCAGGCUGACUGUCAAGCAUUUUUACAGCCUAUUUGAUAGUGCAUGGUAGCUUUUGCAUACACCAUGAAAGACCUAUAGCUUGCAAAAUAGUUUUUGGAGCUUUGUAAUAUGGUCAUUAGUGAAUGUCAAUGAGGGUCUAAGUGCCAAGAAUGUCAAAAGCCAAAUGGUAAUUUGUAUCUUUUACAUGUUUGAUAAAGGCUAGUGAAGUUUGACACAGUCAAAAGAAUAGUAACAUUUUGCUGUGUGGAGAUAACAAGAAUUUGUACAAAUGUUUUUUAUUGCAUUUCUACAUUCCAAUAGAUAGUACUGUGACUAAAGUUAAGCACUUAUUAAAUACUACUGAGGUCUUAUGCUUUCAAAUUCAACAGAAUAUCACUGUCAUUAAAUCUCAUGUUAAUAAACAAAUGAGAUUCAAAUUAAGUUUGUCGAACUAUAAACUCUCCAUACCAAUAUGCAAGACAUCUUAUUUGCAGUUCUGGUGCAAAAGUGCCCUCUACUGGUAAAACACACACUAUGUUGCAUUAUCCUCCUACAUUUAUCACCAAUGAACUGUGCUUCAACAUACACUGACGGCAUAUUCUAUAACCGGUCUAAUUUAUUUAUGUUCAGAUAUAACUGUGCUCAACAUACAGUUUAAUAAAGUGUGUUUUAUAACAAA